AUGGAUCUCAACAAUGGUCAUCCCUCUCUUGAGCCGGGCCUUAACUGUGCUGCAUUAAACGCUGGUAAAGCAUCCAAGUGGGAAAGUUUGGCCUGCAGUAAGAAGUUAGGUUACAUUUGCCGCAAGGGAAAUUCAACAGAUAUCAAGCCUUCAACAGGUGUAGAUGAGCGUAACUUCUGUCCAGUGCCGUGGGUGCUGUACGCUGGUCACUGUUAUUAUCUGCAGCGCACAAAUAAGACGUGGAGUGAUGCUUUGACUGCAUGUCACAGAGAAGGAUCAGAUCUGGCCAGCAUUCACAAUAUUGAAGAACACAGUUUCAUCAUAUCUCAGACUGGAUACAUGUCAACUGAUGAGCUCUGGAUUGGUCUUAAUGAUCAAAGGAUUCAGAAUCUGUUUGAGUGGUCAGAUAGAUCACACGUCACCUUCACUAAAUGGUUUGUUGGAGAACCUUCACACAUCACAAAUCGAAUGGAGGAUUGUGUUCUCAUCAGAGGACAGGAGGGAAAGUGGUCAGAUCAUCUGUGUGAGUCAGCUCAUGGUUUCAUCUGUAAGAAGAAAGCUUCCAUUAAACCUGAAGGAUCUCCAGAGGUCAUCAGUCCUGGAUUUCCAUCUAAAAUGGCAGAAGGACUCACUACAACCCGAGAGCCUCCGACCACACGACCUCUCAGCUGCCCGGAUAAAUGGAUUAAAAAAGGUCCAGGAAGUUGUAUUGGGAUCUACAGAAAUAAGAAGGAGAAGAAGAAGACGUGGUUUGAAGCGCGUGAUUUCUGUCGAGCUAUUGGUGGUGAUUUAGCGAGCUUUCAUUCAGAAGAUGAAAUGAAUGUAUUACCGUUUUUCACAUCAGACCCAGCGUGGAUCGGCUUCACUUCAUUGGACAGUAAUUCUGGUUUUGUGUGGUCAGAUCAAACUCCUUCCGAUUAUCAGAACUGGGCCUAUGAGGAACCAAACAAUGUCAACAAUAAUGAGAACUGUGCUGAAUAUGGCACUAAUUAUGACCGCAAGUGGAAUGAUCGUGAUUGUGAUACUUAUAUGGACUGGAUCUGUCAGAUUCCAAUAGGCAUAACUCCAAAAUCCCCACCGGCAUCAGUCAUUCAAGAAUAUAACAAGACGUCUGAUGGCUGGAUUCAGUACAAUGGCAGUCAGUAUUUCAUCAAUCUUGAUUUUUACUCUAUGGGAGAAGCUCGUGCCUUCUGUAAGAAGAAUCAUGCUGAUCUUGUUGUCGUCACUGGUAAUACUGAGAGGAGGUUUAUAUGGAAGCAGAUAUCUAGACGUGGAGGAUCACAAACUCAGUACUACAUCGGGAUGACUGUAGAGUUGGACCAAUCCUUUAGUUGGGUGGACGGUUCACCUGUUGUAUACACUGCAUGGGAACAAGAUGAACCAAAUUUCGCCAACAAUGAUGAGAACUGUGUGACCGUUUUGAAAAGCUCAGGAUUCUGGAAUGAUGUUAAUUGUGGUUUAUCGUUACCCUCAAUCUGUAAAAGAAGUGCUGAUUUUGUCAACACCACCGUGUCUCCAACCACCGUACCAGCGGGCGGCUGCGCUCCUGAAUGGACUCUGUUCAGAGGAAAAUGUUACAAGUUUUUCGAUAAUAAGAUGUAUUGGGAACAAGCACGAGAUCACUGCAUUUCUAAUGAAGGCAAUCUGGUGUCUAUUUGGAGUCGCACAGAGCAAUUUUUUCUCACAACUUUAAUGCUAAGUGCUGUUGAUGACGUGUGGAUCGGUGCAAAUGACAUUGACACAGAUAAAACAUUUGUGUGGGCUGAACAUCGAGCUGUCAAAUACACAAACUGGCUCAAAGGUGAACCUUCAUCAAUGGGCAAUGACUGUGUUGUGAUGGUUAAACACCCAGAGAAGUCCACUGGUAUGUGGAAAGUUGAAGACUGUGGAGAUAAGAAAGGUUUCAUUUGCAAGAGGAACACAGACUCUCAGCUGUCCGCUCCCGUGACCACAGCAGUACCACAGAAAUACUUCAGUCUGGGCAAUGAUUCAUAUAAGAUCCAGCUGGAGAAGAUGAGCUGGGAUGAAGCGAGAAGACAGUGUAAAGCUGAUGAUGCUGAUCUUGCGAGUGUACUGGACUCCAUCAGUCAGGCGUACACCAGCCUACAAGUCGACAAUCUCAAAGAACCUUUGUGGAUCGGACUCAACAGUAACCUGCCAGAUGGACGCUAUCGCUGGGUGGAUAACUGGUUUCAAAGAUACAGUAAAUGGGCUACAGGAGAACCCAAAAACAAUUUAGCUUGUGUUUAUAUUGACACGGAUGGAGAUUGGAAAACUGCAGCGUGUAACAACACAUAUUAUUCCCUCUGUAAACGAUCAACAGUUUUUGCCCCUACAGAUCCUCCUCAGCUGCCGGGUAACUGCCCCGAAUCAGAUCAGAGGAACAGUUGGAUCCCGUUUAGAGGACACUGCUAUACAUUCAUGACCUCCGUAAAAGACAUCUGGGUUCAUGCCGCAGUAGAAUGUAUAAGAAUGGGUGCAUCUUUAGUGAGUGUUGAGGAUCCAAUAGAAUCACAGUUUAUCCGACAAAACCUGGAGAUCCUGCAAGUCAAGUCCGCCUGGAUUGGACUUCACCCCAGUAAUAAGGGUAAUUGGAUGUGGAUUGAUAAUACGGUUGUGGAUUACAUGAACUGGGAACCGCAGAUGCCGGAUAAUGUUAGAAUUUGUGUAGAAGUUCAGUCAGAGACUGGGAUGUGGAGCACCACCAGCUGUAUUAAUCACAGAGGUUAUAUCUGCAAGACUGCUAAAGUUAUACCAUCAACAGAGAAGCCAUCAGUCUCAGAAGGAGUCACUACAACCCGAGAGCCUCCGACCACACGACCUCUCAGCUGCCCGGAUAAUUGGCUUAAAAAAGACCCAGGAAGUUGUGUUCGGAUCUACAGAAAGGAGGAGGAUGACAAGAAGACCUGGUUUGAAGCGCGUGACUUCUGUCGAGCUAUUGGUGGUGAUUUAGCGAGCUUUCAUUCAGAAGAUGAAAUGAAUGUGUUACCGUAUUACAGAUCAGACGCAGCGUGGAUUGGCUUCACUUCAUUGGACAGUAAUUCUGGUUUUGUGUGGUCAGAUCAAACUCCUUCCGAUUAUCAGAACUGGGCCUCUGGUGAACCAAACAACGUCAACAAUAAUGAGAACUGUGCUGAAUAUGGCACUACUUAUAACCGCAGGUGGAAUGAUCGUGAUUGUGAUACUUAUAUGGACUGGAUCUGUCAGAUUCCAAUAGGCAUGACUCCAAAAUCCCCACCGACAUCAGUCAUUCAAGAAUAUAACAAGACAUCUGAUGGCUGGAUUCAAUACAAUGGCAGUCAAUAUUUCAUAAAUCUUGAUUUUUACUCUAUGGGAGAAGCUCGUUACUUCUGUAAGAAGAAUCAUGCUGAUCUUGUUGUCGUCACUGGUAAUACUGAGAGGAGAUUUUUAUGGAAGCAGAUAUCUAGAAGUGGAGUAUUACUAACUCAGUUCUACAUCGGGAUGACUGUAGAGUUGGACAAAUCCUUUAGUUGGGUGGACGGUUCACCUGUUGUAUACACUGCAUGGGAACAAGAUGAACCAAAUUUCGCCAACAAUAAUGAGAACUGUGUGACCGUUUUGAGAAGCUCAGGAUUCUGGAAUGAUGUUAAUUGUGGUUUAUCGUUACCCUCGAUCUGUAAAAGAAGUGCUGAUUUUGUCAACACCACCGUGUCUCCAACCACUGUACCACCGGGGGGCUGCGCUCCUGAAUGGACUCUGUUCAGAGGAAAAUGUUACAAGUUUUUCGAUAAUAAGAUGUAUUGGGAACAAGCACGAGAUCACUGCAUUUCUAAUAAAGGCAAUCUGGUGUCUAUUUGGAGUCGCACAGAGCAAUCUUUUCUCACAACUUUAAUGCUAAGUGCUGUUGAUGACGUGUGGAUCGGUGCAAGGGACAUUACCUUAAAAAAAAAAUUUGUGUGGGCUGAACGUCGAGCUGUCAAAUACACAAACUGGCUCAAAGGUGAACCUUCAUCAAUGGGCAAUGAGUGUGUUGUGAUGGUUAAACACCCAGAGAAGUCCACUGGUAUGUGGAAAGUUGAAGACUGUGGAGAUAAGAAAGGUUUCAUCUGCAAGAGGAACACAGACUCUCAGCUGUCCGCUCCCGUGACCACAGCAGUACCACAGAAAUACUUCAGUCUGGGCAAUGAUUCAUAUAAGGUCCAGCUGGAGAAGAUGAGCUGGGAUGAAGCGAGAAGACAGUGUAAAGCUGAUGAUGCUGAUCUUGCGAGUGUACUGGACUCCAUCAGUCAGGCGUACACCAGCCUACAAGUCGACAAACUUAAAGAACCUUUGUGGAUCGGACUCAACAGUAACCUGACAGAUGGACGCUAUCGCUGGGUGGAUAACUGGUUUCUAAGCUACAGUAAAUGGGCUACAGGAGAACCCAAAAACAAUUUAGCUUGUGUUUAUAUUGACACGGAUGGAGACUGGAAAACUGCAGCGUGUAACAACACAUAUUAUUCCCUCUGUAAACGAUCAACAGUUUUUGCCCCUACAGAUCCUCCUCAGCUGCCGGGUAACUGCCCCGAAUCAGAUCACAGAAAUAGUUGGAUUCCGUUUAGAGGACACUGCUAUACAUUCAUGACCUCCAUAAAAGACAUCUGGGCUAAAGCCACAGUGGAAUGUAUAAGAAUGGGUGCAUCUUUAGUGAGUAUUGAGGAUCCAAUAGAAUCACAGUUUAUCCGACAAAACCUGGAGAUCCUGCAGGAUGAAGUCAAGUCAGUCUGGAUUGGACUUCACCGCAGUCAUAAGGGUGAUUGGAUGUGGGUUGAUAAUACGGUUGUGGAUUACACAAACUGGAAACCGCGGAUGCCGGAUGAUGUUAACAUUUGUGUUGAAGUUCAGUCAGAGACUGGGAUGUGGAGCACCAUCAACUGUGAUGAUCAGAGAGGUUAUAUCUGCAAGACUGCUAAAGUUAUACCACCAACAGAGAAGCCAUCAGUCUCAGAUGAUUGUCAGGUAGAUCAGAGGUGUCAUGGAUGGCUGGCAUCGCUGUGGUGGUCGUGUUGGUCAUAAUCGCUGUCGCAGGUCUUGCUGGGUUUCUGUUCUUUAACACGUACCCUUCAUACUGUAAUCAAUAUUAACGUCAAUUAUACAUGGAAUCCUUGUCAAAUUCUUAUAGAGUACACCGACAAAACGAGAAACAUUUAUGAAUGAUUUUAUUGCUAUUUUACACAUUAAAUGUCUUAAAGAGCCAGUAAGAUGACAAUUUUAAGCAUCCUAUCACUAUUUAUAAGUCCCGGACAUCAGAUUUAAAUGCAUGCAAGGUCAAAAAACACUGUAAUUUUCUCAAAAUAUAAAUUUAAAAUUACCCCAUUUCUCAGAGAUCCCAAACCAUGGGUCUUCAACCGGGGGUCUGCGGCCCCCAGGGGGUCCGCGACGGAACUGCAGGGGGUCCGCCAAAUGAUGUUUG